AUGGCAUUGAACUUCGUUAAGACGCUGUUCCUCUCACCAGAAAUUAACCCCAGUAACCGCAAAGCCAAAUCAAUCCCCGUUUUAAACCCAUUCGAUCAAUACGGACGAGUAUUCUUCUUCUCAUGGCUCGGCUUCAUGGUUGCAUUCCUAUCAUGGUAUGCCUUUCCACCGCUGUUGACAGUAACGAUCAAACAAGAUCUGAACAUGACACAAGAAGAUGUCGCCAACUCCAACAUCAUCGCACUCCUCGCAACGCUACUGGUCCGAUUUAUCGCAGGACCACUCUGCGACCGCUAUGGUCCCCGCUUAGUCUUCGUGGGCCUUCUCCUAUGCGGAGCCAUCCCUACAGCAAUGGCCGGUCUAGUCACCGGCCCAAAUGGCCUAAUAGCUCUACGAUUCUUCGUCGGAAUUCUAGGUGGAACUUUCGUUCCCUGCCAAGUCUGGUGCACCGGAUUCUUUGACAAAAAGAUAGUCGGCACCGCCAAUUCCCUCGCCGGAGGCUGGGGUAAUGCAGGCGGAGGAAUCACAUACUUCCUCAUGCCAGCAAUCUACGACUCCCUCGUCGACCGCAAUCUCCCCUCCCACAAAGCCUGGCGCAUCGCCUACAUAAUCCCCUUCAUAAUCAUCACCGCGACAGCCUUGUGCAUGCUCUUCCUCUGCGAAGACACUCCAACAGGUAAAUGGUCCGAACGCCACCUCUGGACCAAAGAAGCCACCGCCGUCCCUCCUUCAGACGGCGCCAUCAUCGACCUAAACACAGGAACGUUCUCCAGCGGAAUAACAACCCCACACAACAACACAGCCCUCGACCUCGAAAAGAAAGGCGCACAAACGCCCCAAAUCCUCGACAAAGACGCAACAAGCCAAAUCGAUAUCUUCCCAGAAACCGUCCUCGCACCCUCCCGUCGCGAAGCACUAAACGUCGCACUAAGCCUCUCCACAAUGUCCGUAGCAAUUCCCUACGCCUGCUCAUUUGGCUCGGAGCUGGCAAUCAACUCCAUUCUGGGAUCUUACUAUGCGAAGAAUUUUCCGCAUAUGGGCCAAACACAGACGGGACAGUGGGCUGCUAUGUUCGGGUUACUGAACGUUGUUUUUCGGCCUGCGGGUGGCCUCUUUGGGGAUUUGCUUUAUAGGGCUACUGGUAAUGUGUGGUCGAAGAAGCUUUUGAUUACCUUUUUGGGUGUUGCGAUGGGUGCCUUCCAGCUUGCGAUAGGAUUCGCGAACCCAAUGACGGAGGCUGGGAUGUUUGGGCUUGUUGCUGGAUUGGCAUUCUUUCUUGAGGCUUCGAAUGGGGCUAACUUUGCCGUUGUGCCUCAUGUGCAUCCUUUUGCUAAUGGUGUUGUUUCGGGCAUUGUUGGUGGGUUUGGAAAUCUUGGAGGAAUUGUCUUUGCUAUCAUCUUCCGGUAUAAUGGGUCGAGCUAUGGACGAUCGAUGUGGAUCAUUGGGGUUGUGUCUUUGGUGGCCAAUUUGGCUGUUGCUUGGAUUCGGCCAAUUCCUAAGAAUCAGAUUGGUUCAUGA